AUGAUUAAUAAUAAGGCAUUUUACACUAACUUGAAACUUGUAGUAAAUAAGGACGAAGAAAAAAAGGAGGAAUCCGAAAACCAAGGAAAUGGAAAUAAUGUAGUUUAUAUAGGAAAUAUAAGUAAAUAUGUUGAAGAGGAAAAUAUAAUAAAAAUAUUAAAAAUAUUUGGUGAUAUAAAUAAUUGGCAUAGACAAAGAAACCCAUCAACAAAUGAAUUAAUAAAUUUUGGAUUUUGUGAAUACAAAGAUAUAUAUAAUGUUUAUUUAUGUAUAAAUAUAUUAAAUAAUAUAGAAUUAUGUGAAAAAAAAUUAAAAGUUAAUUGUAAUGAUAAUUUAAAAAAAAAAUUUGAUUCAAUUGUAGAUAUUUUAUUUGAAAAAAGAGAAGUUACACUUUUUGAAAAUGAUACAAAAAAUAUCAACGAAGAAAAUAUUGCAAAUAAUUCAUCUGAAUUAAAAGAAAUAAAAAAUAAAAUUUUAAACGAUAUAGAACAAGAUUUAAAAAAUAAAAAAAUGGAUGUUUUAAAAAUUAUUAGCGAUAUUAAUAAUAAUUAUGAAAAAAGUGGAAAAAAUAAAGAAACAGAAACAGAUGAAUAUAAAAAUGUAAGUAAUAACAAUGUUACUCAAAAUAAUAUGGAUAAUAAAUCUGUAUCAAAUAAAAAAAUAUAUGACCAUGAUAGAGGAAUAAACUGCAAUGAUAAUAAUAAUGAAAAAAAUAACGAAAAAAAUAACGAAAAAAAUAACGAAAAAAAUAACGAUAAUAAUAAUGAAAAAAAUAACGAUAAUAAUAACGAAAAGAAUAAUGAUAACAAAUCAACUCAAGAAAGCGAAAAAAAAAAAUAUGUUACUAAUAAUUAUAAAACCCAUUGGAGGGAAAGAGACCGAAUUGAAAAACUUGAUGCAAAAGAAAAAGAUCUAGAAAAAGAUUUUUAUAAAAGAGAAAAAGAAUGGUUACAAUUAGAAGAACAAAUUAAAAAAGAUACAUAUAGAGAAUGGAAUAAAUUUAUUCAAAUAAAAAAAAAAGAUAUUGCUAAACUUAUCGAAUUGGAUCUAAAAGGAGAAAAUGAAGAUUCAAAUAUUUCAAGUUCAAAAAGAAGAGAAAGUAGAAGGUCAAAAAGAGCAAAAGAAAAAAAAUUAGAUGAACAAGAUAGAUUAGAUGAAAUAAAAGAAUUGGAAGAAGCCAAAAAAAAAGCAGAACAAAUAAAGGACCUUGAUGCGGCAAUGAAAGAGAAGGAGAGAGAAAAAGAGGAAGAAAAAGAGAGAGAAAAAGAGGAAGAAAUGUUAGAAAAACAGGACGAAAAAAAUGAAAAAAAUGGACAAAAUGGCGAUACUGCUACUGCUCAAGUUAAGGCAAAAAAGGGCGGCUUUUUCGCUGCGGCUCUUUCAUAUGUAUUUGACAGUAAUAAAACAAACGAAAAUGUUGAAAAAGGAGAGAAUAAAAAUCAUGAUACUAAACAGUUAAAUAAAAAUGAAGAUGAAAAAAAACCUGAACAAAUCGAAAAUUCUGAAAUCGAAAAGGAGCAUGAAGAAUCUAGCCAAGAUAAAGAUAAUAAUACCAAUAAAAAAAAAAACUCAAAAAACAAGCGAAAAAUAACAAACAGCGAAACGGAAAAGGUAAAUGACAAGAAAAAAAAAGUAACUAGCGAAAAUGCACAAAGUGAAGAAGAAGAAGAAGAAGGAGAUGCUACUAAUCAAAAAAGUGAUAGUAAUAAAAAAUCAAAUAUAACAAAUAAUGAACAUACAGAGGAAAUAGAAUCUCUAAAAAACGAUCCAAUAAUAGCAUAUGAACUAGAGAUAGAAUUAGGGAAAAAAAGGAAAGGAAAAAAUGAUACAUCUAAAACAAUUAAUAUAAUUGAAAAAUCAAAAAAAAUAUUAGAAAAGAUACCUUUAGGAGAAGAAGAUAUUUUUAAUUACCCAAUCGAAUGGAAUAUAUUAAAAUUAAAAGAUAAUAUUAGUACAAACUUGAAACCAUGGAUAUAUAAAAAUAUAACAGAAUAUAUAGGGGAAGAUGAAAAAGAAGUUAUAGAAGAAAUAAGCAACUUUUUUAUCGAGCAAAUAUUAAAAGAAACUGCACCAAAAGAUAUGCUUUCCGAAGCGGAAAAGUUUUUAGAUUCAGAUGGAAAAAAAUUCAUUAUUAAUAUGUAUAGACUCAUUAUUUUUGAGCAACUCAAAAUAAAAAAUAAUAUAUAA